AUGCUAGUGAUACAAAGCCAACUUGCCGUAUUAGGUAUCGACGUUCGCUGUGACCUUAAUCCAAGGGAUUAUAUCGAGGCUGUUAUCAAAACAGCUUCACGGAAACUCGGGGUCCUGAACAAGGUGCGGCGUUUUUUCACGCCACAACAACUACUCCUGCUGUACAAAACGCAGGUGCGGUUUUGCGUUGAAUAUUGCUCGCUCCUCUGGGAUGGCUCCGCUAAGUACUUAAUGGAAGCCUUGGAUCGGUUGCAGCAACGUGCGGUCGGCAUUAUUGGCGACGUAGAGGUCACAAACACCCUCGAACCUUUACGCUUGCGUCGAGAAAUAGCAGCGCUGAGCGUCUUCUAUCGACUGUAUCACGGCGAGUGCUCUGAGGAAUUAUUCUCUUUAAUUCCUGCUUCCCCUUUCCUUCACAGAUCUACGCGUGCUGGCUCGCGAUGUCACCGCCUAACUGUGACUUCGAUUCCAUCGCGCACAAAGAAAUUUGGCAACUCUUUUCUUUGUCGUACCGCCAAAAAGUUGAACUCUUUACCAGCACACGUGGUCUCCUCCUCUUAUAAACUGGGUGCCUUCAAACGAGGCGUGAAGAGGCAUCUUGCGGGCUGGCAUGGCGAGGGUGACUGGUGCAGCUCAUUCUAG